AAGAUUUCAUGUGAUUUACUGUCAAAACGUUUUAAUCAUUCAUUUGUUUCACAAUUUGUGUUUCAGUUUAACUAAGUUUAGGCAAUAAUAUACUGUCAACUCGUGUGCACUCGUAUGGACAGCACCGGGAGUUAAAACUUUUUACUGUACUUUUAUUGAAAGUUAUGUUUUAACGUUAAAAACAUUUUAAUAAAAAGUACGCAAACAUGGGCAAAGUAUUGUCGCAUAAGAGGCGAGGAAUGGCCGCAAGAAGUAGUCAUACAAUGAAUGCACAGAAAGUCUAUCCGAAAGACUGUUUCGACAGAUUUGGCGAUGAUUUGUGUCAACACUUAUUGUCUUUCCUAUCACUCGAAGAUCGGUUCCGAUGUGAAUGUGUGUCCAAACAGUCCGUUGCUCAGUAUAUACUCUGUGUCUUUCUAGAAUAA